AAUAAAAAAUAAAUAAAGUGUGAAUCGCAGAUGUUGAAUGUUGCAUUGCAGCAUCCAUUCGGGCUCCCGUAGAAACCAUCGUGACGUGGUUGAGCUCUUGGAGAAAAUCAGGAUAAUCUACGUAACCGUCCAUCCUCAUCCUCAUCGUCAUCCUCGCGAGCAGCGGGUCGGUCUGUGUCCUCUUCAUACGCGAAACCGAGAGCCAUGGCCGCACAGAAGAUCAACGAGGCGCACGAUCACAUCGCCAAAGCCGAGAAAUGCUUGAAGACCAGCAUGACCAAGUGGAAACCUGAUUAUGAUGGAGCCGCUUCAGAGAUGGCAAAAGCAGCUGUGGCUUUUAAAAACGCCAAACAGUUUGAACAAGCGAAGGAUGCGUAUCUGAAGGAGGCUGAGUACCACACAGAAAACAAAGCACUCUUCCAUGCAGCAAAAGCGUAUGAACAAGCCGGCAUGAUGCUGAAGGACAUGAAGAAAAUGCCUGAAGCCAUUCAGCUGAUCGAGAAGGCCAGCAUCAUGUACAUGGAGAAUGGGACGUCUGGCACUGCUGGAAUGGCCUUGGACAGGGCUGGGAAACUCAUCGAGCCGAUGGAUCUGGAGAAAGCCGUGGACUUGUACCAGAAGGCCGCAUCUGUGUUUGAGAAUGAAGAUCGUCUCAGACAGGCUGCAGAGCUCCUGGGAAAAGCCUCCAGACUUCUGGUGAGACUGCGCAGGCUGGAUGACGCUGCUGUGUCCCUUCAGAAAGAGAAGAACAUGUACAAGGAAAUUGAGAAUUACCCAACCUGCUUUAAGAAAACCAUUGCUCAAGUGCUGGUUCAUCUCCACAGAGGAGACUUUGUGGCUGCAGACAAGUGUGUCAGAGAAAGUUACAGUCUCCCAGGGUUCAGCGGGAGCGAGGACUGUGUUUCGAUGGAGACGUUACUGGCGGCAUUUGACGAGCAGGACGAGGAUGUGAUGUCACGCGUGUGCAACUCACCUUUACUGAAGUACAUGGACAACGACUAUGCCAAGCUGGCGAUCUCUCUGAAGGUGCCCGGUGGAGGCGGUGGGAAGAAGAAGAAAGCUCCUGGUGCUCCUCAAGGAGGCAGCGCUGGUCCUCCACCCGCAGAGGAAGACGACGAUUACGAGGGAGGUUUAUGUUAAUGGAGAGAAUGACAGACUCCUCCAUCCAUGAGUGUGUGUGUGUGUGUGUGUGUGUGUGUGUGUGUGUGAACAAGCAUAUCAGUGUUUCCUGUCUUUGUGCAGAGAGGCAUUCCUGAGGAAUUCUGUUCCCGUUUGUCCCAUCUGUAGGAGUGUCCCAAUUCCAGUGUGUUUACAUAUUAGACAUUUUCUUCAUCAUGAGAUUUGAAGCCUCUUUCUGUUAUCAAUGAAAAAUAUUUUUGCUGAAAGUUUGAAAAGCUUGAAAGAGCGCGAUUAUAAAUGUAACUUAAAAAACAACAACAACAACAACAACAACUGUUACUGCCAGUGUUGGGGAAAGUUGCUUUUAAAGUUACUCACUCACUCAUUAAAAAGUAACUAAUAGUGAUACUUACUUUUUAUGGAACUUAAUGCACUUACGUUACUUUCGUGUUGCUUUUUCUCACGUGGUCUUGGCUUGCUUAUUUAUUUCUAAUAACAAUAACCCCAAAAGUUAUAUUUUUGGUAACUGUAAAAGCCCUUUACAUCAAAAGUGAAAUGAGUAAGUCUCUGCACCUCGCUCCUAUUUCUCAUGAACGGGAAAAAACUAAAAGUUACUUUCUUUUAAUUUUAAAAGUAGUGCGUUACUUUACUAGUUACUUGAAAAAAGUAAUCAGAUUAUAUGAUGUAGAAUAAAAUGUUAAAAUAUCUAGUGUUAAACCAUGACCUUAUUUAACAAAGAAAAAACAAAAAACAUUCAGAAACACCAUUGACUUCAGGGUAAUGACUUUCAGUGCACUUGUUCUCCAUUGGUCAAUCAAUCAGAUAGUCCCUUUCCAGAAAUCACACCAUUAAUUCAACCUCUAAACUGUAAGCACUGGAAGUUUUUAGUGUGUGUGUGUGUGUGUGUGUGUGUGUGUGUGAAAUCAUAAAUUGUGUUUAGAUAUGUUUUAAUUUCAUAAUGAAAAUGUGUAGUUGUGUACAGAAGCUGUUACUUAUUUUUAUUUAUGAACACUGUGUAAUGUCAAAGUGAUGUUAAAUCAGUUAUAAUCUUUGUAAAAUACUAUGAUGUUAUUAUUAUGUAUAGUAAUUUAUUGUAAGUGUUGUUGAAAUGUAAAUGUCGCUGUGGAGUGAGGCGUCAUGCUGCGUUUCCAAAUACAAUAUACAAGCUGACAGGCAUAAAGAUGCAAAAAUAACUUAAUAAAUCACAGUCUACACUG